GCUUCACAUUUCAUCACAACUACAACAAGAACUUGCAUUACACCAAAUUUCUUUUACAAAAAAUCUCUCAUCUCCAACAACAAACUAAGAAAACAUGUCUUGCUGUGGAGGAAGCUGUGGAUGUGGAUCUGGCUGCAAGUGCGGCAGUGGCUGUGGAGGAUGUGGGAUGUACCCCGACAUGGAGAAGUCCACUACCUUUACCAUCAUUGAAGGUGUUGCACCCGUGACCAACUACGGAAGGGUUGAGGAGAAAGCAGCAGGAGAAGGAGGAAAUGGAUGCAAGUGUGGAUCAAGCUGCACCUGUGACCCUUGCAAUUGCUAAGAAUAUUAUUCUCUAAGUGUGUGUGUUGUUAUAAAAGCUUUUUCUGUAAUAAUAAUGGUAAGACUACAGCCAUGGAACUGAUUAUCAGUUCUUAGGUUAGUGCCUUUCCUGUUUGUUUCUCUAACUGAUAUAUUUCUGGAGUAGUGAUUUGGGGCUGUAACAGAAACGUAUCAUAUAGUAUAAGUUUGUUUAAAUUCUUGCGUUA